AUGGUGGUAGGAAAUCAGAUAAUGGCUACAGUUCUACCGGGCAUCCAGUUGUUAAUAGGUCUGUGCCACAAUAACGGCCAAAAUAACAGUAAUGCUAAUCCUGAAGGUGUUAAGACUGAGGGUUCGAGCGGUAAAUCAGAACAUGAUCAUGUGUUAGAGCAUUCGCUCCAUCAACUGUUGCGCGCCGUCCACCACAACAACACGCAUCACCCGUUCCCGCACCCCGCGACCGGCCCGCUAGGACCCUCAAAACGACGUUCACUCGCAGGUCCCAUGGCAGCAGACCGGUACGAGCUGCUAGAGAUGAGCAAGGAGCAGUCGCUGCUCGAGCAGAUAAUCCAACAAGCACAACAUUUCUUCAUGCGAAGGCGCAGCGAAUAUGUACUAGAUACUAUUGCAAAAGAGGUGAAAGAUCCGUUGAUAGUGUCGCACUGGAACGCACUGAACAGCCCUACUCAAUCAUGCGUCAAAAUCAACAUAAUGGCGUACGGGUAUGACGCGGUUUGCCGAACUUCUCUGGUGGUACACGUGGGCGAGAAGACACUAAAAUGCAUCUGCCGCGAUGGCAAAGUGCGCCAUCUGUCGUACGAGUUGCAGGAGUUGAGAGAUCUCAUAUAUUGUCAGAUCUACCAGCACCAGAUGACGGCGGUGCAGGCGGUGGGGCGCUGCAUGGGCUGGCAGCUGCUGGCCAGCUCGGCGCACCUGGGCUCGGGGCCCGUCGAGCCGCUUGCCAACGCCUCCACCUGUCUGCUGGCCUCGCCCGCCGGUGACAGAAUGAUAGCGAUAAGGUGUGAACCAUCAGUUGGUAUCCAAGUCUUCAUAGCUCAGUCUCCCAGGAAAGAUUUCUUCGCAAGUGAAUUAGUACAAGAUAAGAAAUGGGAGAACCUAGGUGGUGCCUUCAAGGAAAUCAAAUUAGAAAAAAUGGAAGGCAAAAAACUUUCUUAA